UGAAGUUGUCCGUGAGACGACGUCGACGACCUACCAACCAACGCCCAUCGACAAUUUGCGUGUGCCUCCGUCUUGACCGCGGAUUCCUGUCAAGAUGAAGCUCAACAUUGCCUACCCGGCCAAUGGGUCGCAGAAAUUGAUCGAGAUUGACGAUGAGCGCAAGCUCCGACCCUUCAUGGAGAAGCGCAUGGGAACUGAAGUUCCUGGCGACUCUCUCGGUGAUGAAUUCAAGGGUUAUUUGUUCAAGAUCACUGGUGGAAACGAUAAGCAAGGUUUCCCCAUGAAGCAGGGUGUUCUUCUGCCCAACCGUACCAGACUCCUCCUCAGCACCGGCCACAGCUGCUACCGACCCCGCCGAACUGGUGAGCGCAAGCGCAAGAGCGUUCGUGGAGCUAUCACUGGUUAUGACCUUGCUGUUAUGGCUCUUACCGUCGUCAAGCAGGGUGAGGGUGAUAUCCCCGGACUCACAGAUGUCGUGAACCCCAAGAGACUCGGUCCCAAGCGUGCUUCUAAGAUCCGCAAGUUCUUCGGUUUGGACAAGAAGGAUGAUGUCAGAAAAUUCGUUAUCCGCCGAACUGUCACACCCACCAAGGAGGGAAAGAAGGAAUACACCAAGGCCCCUAAGAUCCAGCGUCUCGUCACCCCCCAACGUCUCCAGCGCAAGCGUCAGCGAAUUGCCCUCAAGCGCCGCCGGGCUGAGUCUGCCAAGGAGCAAGCCAACGAAUAUGCCAAGCUUUUGGCCGCCCGCGUCCACGAGGAGAAGGCCAAGCGCGAGGAACUCCGCAAGCGCCGAGCAUCUUCCAUGAGAAAGUAAAUGGUGUUGCUUGGCGGUUAAUGUCGGGGAGGAAGCUCAGGUGCGAACGGGAUAAAGGAAACGGGGUGUUGUGUGCAACUAUUAUGAGCCUCGGAUUAAAGAGAAAUACCAUGUUCUUUUCUCUUGUCUUUUUCUUCGAGCAACGAAUACAGAGUCUUUGGGUCAUGGGAGUUUUAUUAUCUUUGCUACAAAAAUUCAUUUGCCAAAUGACAAGUCUGUUCCAAUACCUCCGCCCGCCUCCACAGGGAGAUGCGAAUUGAACCCCGUUGUUCUUAAUGCG